GAUAUGAGGGUAAUAACAAGGGAAUUGAGAAUUAACAGGUUUCUGCCAGUAAUAUAUUGACAAUCUAAGUGUCUAUUCUUUUGAGCUAAAUGCUGAGUGACCGAUUGGUUCGUGACAAUUAUCCAAGGAUACAACCGAAUGAAUUAACUAUUAUAAAGUUGAAACGAUUUUCUAAGAGAUUCAUAUAUAUAAAUCUUUUUAAUAAAAGCCGCAUCAUUUGGUAGUUUAGGAAGCAUGCAUUUAUCCGUUAAAUAUAAUGCAAGGAAUACAAGUAAUCAUCUUGUGGUGAGUAGAGCCUAGCUAGCUAGACUAUGUCACAUGGAUUCAGAUGAGCAAGGGGAUGCGGCUGGAGUCCUGCGUAUACACUAUAACAAAAAAAAAAAAGGAGGAGGCGUGAUUGAUUAGGUCGGGCAACUUCUGAAACCAAGGCAAAAAUAUUCUCCGUUUUCCUUUUUUUUAAAAAAAAAAAUUGUAACGGAAACAGUGCCCAUAUACUGUUGAUCUUAACACCCCAACCACCUUACUCUUUCUUUUCUCCUCCCUCCUCGUGAUGUCAUUCAGCUUCACACCUCUCUCUUCUCUUUCUCUCUCUCUCUCCUGUUUAUAUAUAUAGAGAGCCAGGCUGUAUGCAUCUUUGCAAAGCCAUCCAUUAAUUCAUCCAUUCGAUCAUUGGGUACAACACAAGCAUAGAAGCUUGUACGAUUAAGUUGAUCAGCUUUAGCUAUCACCACCUUUGCUUGUAACAUCAAAAGCAUGGAGGAUUUAGUUAGUGGCUCAUCUGUGAUGAGGAGUGCCAUAAUUAGCUGCAGUAGUACUAGUGAAGAUCAGCAAGCUGCUGCUGCUGCUCAAGCUCAGCCGGAGGAGAGCACCUGGACCGACUACUUUGUGGAUUUCAUGAUGUCCGAGGAGGAGAAGAAGAGUCAAGAAGAUCAUGGUGCUUCUUCAUACUGCUCCCAUGGCGGAGAUGGCGUCUAUGGCGAUUGCAGUGAUCAGAAGGAGCUGGAGGAGGAGGAAGGAGAGGAAGAUUCUAUGAUCUCCGACGCCGCGUCUUGCGCUCCCGCGGCUGCGGCGUUGCCUGAUAGGUACAAGGAGUUGAAGAAGCUCAAGAAGAAGGUCUUCAAGGCCCUGGAUCAUGAUGAUUCCCUGGAGGAUACCGCAAGCUCUCCAGUAAAUAGCCCUAAGGUCAGUGCUUUGACACAGCUGGAAUUGAGCCCUAAAAGGAGGUGCAAUACCAGGGACCUAACCAAGGAAGUUGGGAUUGGAGAUGAUCGUGGAAGAGAGGGGAUGGACUAUGCAGAUGCAAUGGUAGAGGGGGUGAGGUUUGUUGAUCAAAGUCAGAAGAGUGUAACUCCAUGUGGAGAGCUAAAGGAUAAGGGGCUUUGUUUGUUUCCUUUGUCCAUGUUGCUACACUACCAUGGAUGAAAAUUUGAGAACUUCAAUGUAGAGCACGUGUAGGGUUUAUGCCUUACAUGAAUGUGUGUGGGAUAAAUGACCAAAAAAUAUAGUGUGCUGAGAUUACUGUGGAUAUAUUUUUUGGGUGAAAAUAUAUGUGAAUAUAUAUUACCGCUCCUGCUCUCCUUGUUUCA